AUGACUUACAACUCUUAUUACGGAGGUGUCCCAUACCAGGGACAGUCUUCCUAUGCACCUCCGUUAUAUCCAGCUCAACCGACCUACCCCCACCCAGCUUCAGGCCAGCCCCCGCCCAACAGCAAUGCCUUUGCCAGCUUUAACAUUGCAUCUGCACAAGCCUCCUACGAGCAGAACAGAAGCGUCAUCCCCGGUCUUGCGUUUGGUGCUUCGACGAGUGACGUGCCUGCGGCCUGGCCACAAACACACCAGCCAACCCACGCGCAGCCGUCACACGAGCCCAACCUAGUGCCUGCCUCCCAAUACUAUCAGCCACGUGGUGGUCGCUCCAAUGGAGCCUCGAACAAGCGUAGCGAGCAGCCUGGAAACGGGUUAAAGAGCCAACAUGCAAGCGACAGGGCAGAGGAAGGCGAAUUAAGCGAGGGCGAGUACGAUGAUCUGUACGAGCCAACUGCAUCUAAUCAGCAAGAUCAACAACACCAAAACAACAGUGCUCAGCCUGGCAAACAGGUCUGGCCUAACGCUGCGGCGGGUCCCGGUGAUGCUCCCACGACAGGCAAGGCAGAGGAACGGAAAGACCGGAUUGCCCGACUUCUUGCCGCAAAGCAAGCGUUGUCUGGAACAACCACAGCCGCUGUGUCGACAGGAACAGCUGGAGCCGAGAACAGCAACGAAAAGCAGUUGAACCUACAACAAAAGAUGGUGGCCUUGCAAAAGUCUCGCGAAGCCCGUGCCCAGAAGGCAGCCUCUCGGAAGGGCUCUGAAGCAGCUCAACCAGCCCCUUCUUCGACCACGAACGACUUGCCCUCGAUCCCACCGCCGUCGUUGUCCGUCACAUCAACCCCCACUCACCCCUUGCCUGCCAAGGUGGAUAUCCCCGUCACCGAUUCUGCGCGGUCUGUCAUUCCCGGCCUCUUCAUGCCGUCUACUUCUCAGCACGCACAAUCACCCAGCAAUCAGCGAAAACGACCUGUCGCAACCGACUUUGAUGACUAUGCCCAAGCAAACAUCCAUACGCGCCCUCUCGGCCCGUCGCGCAAGAGCAAACUUGUGAUUGACGUUAGUGAAGGGUCAGAUGACGACGUGGAGAUGGAAAUUGGCUCUGGCGACGAGUCAAAUACGAAUGUGCAGACCUCUGACCAUCCUUUCCGGAGGACUACUUCAUUCCGUGAUGUCCCACCUCUGUCAGAGCCUGCAGGCCAGCGACAAUUCUCCGAUACUGGCCCUGCCCGCGUUGCUACGCCCCCCGGUCAUCUGGCAGUUAUGGACAAGCAGAUCGAGGCUAUGAAGCGCAAAAUCGCACUCGCCGAAGCGCGUAAGAAGCUCAAGUCUGCCCUGAGUGGGAGCAAUGGACAACCUGCCCUGCCAAAAUCGGGCGGCCGCAUCCCGGACGCGGCAGCAGAUUCGGAUACGGCGACGCCUUUUCUUCGUCGCGUGCAGUCCCUGGACCCGUCGCUUAGUGUGGGCAGCAACACAAAUCGUUCAUCCCCCGUUGCGCCAGAAACGGGCUCGAUCAAGCUCCCCAAGAAUCGUGAUAUCGCCAGGUCUGGUUCAGAUCGCUUGCAGCGCGUACGCGUCCUGAGUCAAAGCUUGCCAGGCAUGCAGUCAAGACUGCAAGCCAAAAAAUCCAAACUUCGACUGCUGCAGUCACAAAUGGCACGCCUGGAGAAGGAGAUUGAGCAGGAGGACGCUGAGAAGCGCUCCGCCGAGGAUGAACUCGACGGGCUACAAGAUCUUGUAGCAUCGAGCGAAGAUGAACCCCCUUCCUCACCGAAUGGGGCGCGCAGGGGGACAGCCCAAGAGUCGAUUGUUGAUGAUGCUGAGACUGCCCUGCAACCUACUUCGACAAUUGCCGAUAAGAGCGCAGACAAAGAAGAUACCGACGGAGGCGUGGAACUCCCCUCUUCGGUGCGAAACGACGAUGCUGAGAAGACUGUCGAGCCAGUCGCGCCCUCGGCCUCGGAGAGUCUUGCAGGUGGUCAGACUGAUCCGGCUAUCGAUGCCCAGCACACGCCUGCACUUGAGAUUGCUGCAGAAACUUCCAAGAAGUCGAGCCCCGACACAGGAGUGUCAAGUGGUGCAUCGCCUGUACCCGUGACGGGUAACAGCCAUGCUAGCAAUGUAGCAGAUCGUUCCGGCCAUCCGUCUCCAGCAGCGGCCUUGUCUACGGCUGGCUCACCUGGAACAGGCCAAGGCAACCAAAGUGACAAUGAGGAAACUGACAUGCAGGUUGACUCACCUUCAGGUGAAUCAGAAGAUACGGUAGCCGUGAUUGACGAUGACGACGUGCUGCCACUUACAGACCCAAGGACCGGCUCACAAUCCCCCACGGGCGAUGGCUCCGCCCAGCCGGUUCAGAUAUCUGUUGGCAUUGAUGAGUCCCAUCCGGAUGAAGGUCUUAACAACAACGCAAGAGAACCACGCCCUUCUCACCAGGACGGUCGCAGCUCAAGCGAGAAAGGCUUUAGUCCCUACGAGAGUCCCUUCCAGUUGUUCCGCAACUACCGUUACCAUCCUGACUUCCAGAAAAUGGUUGCUGGGGGCUUGCGAUCGCUUACAUACAGCAAUAAGAUCGACCCCAAUCUUCCAGUGUGUCCAGAUCAACUAGAUGGUCGGAGGUGCCCCAAGGGAUCGGAAUGCGAGUACCAGCAUUUCGAGUCCAUGAAACUGCCUGAUGACCAGAUCCUUCUCCAGCUCGGCGGCACAAACAUUGACGGACCCAUGAGGGUUCAGUACAAUAACGGCUUGCGAGAGCUCUUGCAAGACAUGAGACAGCGCAACAUCAAGGACUUCCCUAGCAUCGCGCAAGGGAUUGUGGACUACCACAACCGCUUCACGGGCGAUCCAUCUCGGAUCCUUACCCUGGGCGAUGUUCUGAUCUAA